GCAUGCGCAGUAGGAGGAGCAGAAGAGAGCGGACCACGUAGCAGCAGUAGAGCAGCAGUAAAGCAGCAGGGUUUGUAGGAAAAGAAAGAAAAGAAAGCUGUAGUAAACCAAUUCACGGCCGCUAGAUUAUAGCAACCGGCCCUCUAAACAAUGGCGAGGUAUCUGAGGCCGCCUAACACAUCUCUCUUUGUCAGAAACAUCGCCGACGACUCCAGGCCAGAGGAUUUACGACGUGAGUUUGGUCGUUAUGGGCCUAUUGUAGAUGUCUACAUUCCACUUGACUUCUAUACACGGCGGGCCAGAGGAUUUGCUUACAUUCAGUUUGAAGAUGUCCGGGAUGCAGAGGACGCUCUCCACAACCUGGACCAUAAAUGGGUUUGUGGGCGUCAGAUCGAGAUCCAGUUCGCCCAGGGGGACAGAAAGACCCCUAAUCAGAUGAAGACAAAGGAGAGCCAUUCCCCUCGCAGUUUCUCCCGCUACGAUGAUGAUCGGGAUAGCCGCCGAAGACGGUCCCGGAGCCGCAGCCAUGAUCGACGCAGGUCCCGGAGCCCCUCCUAUGAUCGCCGUCCUCGGAGGUCUGAGAGCCCUAGAGAAUCUCAGUCCUACAGUCGACACAGGCGGAGCAGAAGCCACGAAAAUGACAACAGGUACAGAGGUCCUCCCCGUGACCACCACAGGACACAUCGUGAGCCAGCCAGCCACUCUAGGUCCCGCUCCCCUUCAGCCUCCAGACCAGCACCCAAAGGUAAAAAGAGCCAGUCCAGGUCCCACAGCCCGGCUGAGGACUUCCACCCAACCUCCGGCUCCCAGAAUCAGCCUGCGGGACGCUCUCCAUCCCGCUCCUACUCUAGAUCCGUGUCCCGGUCACGCUCUCGCUCCAGGUCCUGGGCUGGACGCAAGUCUGGAGGCCACUGACUGUCUGUUCCCCCAAAGCCCUGAUAAUCUGUCUCCGAGGAUGUUUCUGUUGAGCUAUGAUUACCACAGUGUUGUGCUCUAUAUUUGCAUUUGUUUAUCAUCACAUUAAGGAGUCUGUUGCCAAAGGGGGUGGGGCAGGAGGUGAGAUAUUUCUUUUAGUGAAAAAGGUUUUUGUUCAAAAGUGAUUCAUGAAAGCACAGUUGAUCCCUGGCAAGUUUUUUUGUUUUUUUUGGGACUUGUGUAACAUGCGUUGCUGAAGUUUAGAAAAAGUUAGUUUGGCGUUGCCAAUAAUAUUUUUGUACUUUCAAGUUAGAAAUAUUUACAUUCAUACAUGUGUUAAUAUGAUGCCUGUCUCAAUUUGGCUCUAUUGUUUGUGUAUUAUGUAAACAUGAAUAAAAAUGACGUUUAACUUUGGGCCCAGACUUACCAGUAUUUACUAUCUACGCCAGGCCUAUUCAAUUGGUGGCCUGUGGCCGAAUCCAGCCCUUUAACGACCUCAAUCAGGCCAUUUGAUCAUAUAUAUAAAUAUGAAAUAAGUAUUUAAAAAAUAAUUUCUUCCAUUAAGAGAUUGUAUUCCCAUUCAUCAACACUGUUACGGACUGUUAAAAGCAAUAUCAUUGUUUUUAUUUAAAUAACUAACAUUCAAAGUUUAUGGGUGUUUACAUUGUUUGAUUAUUAGGUCAUCAUUUUAUUAGUAAGCUAAUUAGCCCGUUCAUUAGUUAUGUCUUGCUAAGCACAGAAAUACUUAUUUUGUUAAAAAAGUUUUAACCCAGGCUUUUUAAGUAGAAAUUUGGUGAGUCAAACUGAAAAAAAGAUGUUAACUGUAUUUGUGUUUAUUAAAACAACCUACAAAAGAUGUACUGUUUUCACAUUUAAAUUCAUAGCUUUGCAGCUCGGACAGGAAAUGUAAACAUCUGUCCACUUGGCACUUGACUGUUUUUCAAAGCUGGCCCUUCUAUAAAAGUAAUUGAAUAGGCCUGAACUACGCUGUGCUCGCUAUUAUAAAGCAAGCAAACUGUAUUCUGUAGUAGCUGUAGCUGGUGUUGGCUGAUGUAUGGAAUGCAGUGGAUUACUACCUACUAAUACUUUGUCCAGUAUUUUAUGUCACGAUGUGUAAGCUGAACUGCAGUUAUUUCUCAUGUACUUUGUUCCGUGAGUGAAACAAAGUCAGUUGAAUAUUUCAAGUGUUCCUUAGUAGGUCUUGUUGUCCUAGUUUACUUGGCAUGUCAAUAAAGACAUACAUUAUCUUUAA